AUGUCUUACCGAUGCUAUAAUAUGACAUGGACUCUAGAAGCUCGUCAAAUUAGUCGAGCUUAUCUUGCUCUAGCUAUACCAGCUUUUAUAUUUCAUGUAUUAUUUUGGAUACAUGUAGCUACACAUCGAGCACUUCGUCAAAUUUCUAUGCUUUGGGUAUAUAAUUAUCUUUUUACUGAUAUUCUUCUACUUGUUCAAUUUUUUAUUGAAUAUACCGUACGUAAAAUGUCAUAUUGUAUGUCAUUUUCAAACUUCUAUGCAUUUUGUAAUAUUGAAGCCUAUACAAAUACUUAUAUGACUAUACUUGAAGCAUAUAUGUUAGUUUGUUUAAAUAUAACACGUUAUUAUUUAAUUGUAAAGAAUUUAAAUAUAUCUAUUCAGUAUCCUUAUAUACUAAUUUUUUUAAAUAUAUGUCUUUAUAUUGUUGGAAUAAGUGUAUUAUUAUUACAAGUUAAAGUAUUUCAAAUAGUGAAAUUAGAUUCUCAUCAAUAUACUCAAAGUUGUCAUUUUAAUUAUCUUAAUAUAAAAACUCAAUUGGGAAAUUUAAUCAUUAUUCUUUUAAUUCCAAUUAUUUUAAAUUGUUAUUUUAUGACAUUAACAACAAUUCAUGUUCGUCGAGCACAACAAGCUGUUCGAUCACAACGUAGUAAACAUUUACAAUUAUUAGUUCAAUCUUUUGUUGUUUAUAUUUUAUGGUUAAUAUUAUGGGCACCAAACGUCGUUGUAACUCAUAUUACUUCGGAUAAUCAUUCAAGUUCUUAUACACGUUUCGGUAGUAUUAUAAGUGCUUUAUGUGAUCCACUUAUUUUUAUGUUUAUUGAUCGACGUUUUCUAAAAGUCUGGAAAAAAACAUCUUGCCAGAUAAUACGUUGUGGUCGACCAUCAAGACAAAUACAUCCAACAAGAAUUAGUAAUGCAUUUCCUUUAUCAAUAGUUGCCGAAUAA